CUUAAAUUUCGACACAUUUUUUAUAAUAAUUUCAUCUUUGAUUCAAUGUUACGUUCCAAUAGUUGAAUAAAUGCUAUUUUGUCUUCAAAAAUGUCCAAAUUAUGUGAGGGGUGUGUUUUCUCUAUUGGAAAUCCGAUGCUCGAUUUUUCGGCAGAAGUUUCCUCUGAUUUCCUCGCUCGUCACUCUCUGAGGCCACACGAUGCAAUUCUGGGCGACGACGACAAUCAGAAUAUUCUAGAAGAUCUGGUGGCAUCAUACGAUUGCGAGGUGACUCCAGGAGGUGCUGCUUUGAAUUCCAUCAGAUACUGUCAAUUGCUGAUUGGUGACUCUCAGAAACAGGCUUGUGUCUUCGCCGGGACAACAGGAACAGACCACGAAGCGAAAACUCUUCUCCAAUAUUGUCAGAAUGAAAACAUUAACGCGCAAUUCUACCAAGUGCAGCAUAAACCAACAGCAAAAUCAGCAGUUUGCAUAACUGGCGUAAACAGGUCUCUGUGUGCAUAUUUAGGAGCAGCUAAUUUUUAUGAUUCAGAAAAGCAUCUGAAAACUGACGAAAUUUGGACCCUAGUCGAAAACGCGAGAAUUUUCUAUUGCACUGGCUUCUUCUUAACUGUGUGCCCCGUUGCUUUGUUUCUUCUGGCUGAGCAGGCCGCUAAUACUGGAAAGAUAUUUUGCUUCAACCUGUCUGCAGAAUUCAUUUGUAAAAGCUUCAAGGAAAAGAUUCUGCAACUGCUGCCAUUAGUGGAUUUUCUGUUCGGAAACGAAGACGAGUUCCGAGAAUUCUCGGUAUCUCAAGACGACAGCACUGAUAACGUCAAAAACGACAUCAAAGAAAUCGGAAAACGGGUUAGCAAUAUGGCCAAAGCAACUAAAAAGAAAUCACCGAUUGUUAUCAUAACACGAGGACCACACCCUAGCCUAGUGUUCCAGGACGGUGAAAUUUUGCCUCGAAAAUCCGGUAAGCGAAGUUAAUCCGGGAGAUUUUAUCGAUACGAGUUGUGCAGGCGAUGCAUUUGUAGGAGGAAUUUUGGCAUCUCUGGCGCAAGGAGGCAAUUUAGAGGCAUGCUUGAAACUCGGAGCAAGCUCUGCUUUUUAUUGUAUUCAAAAGCCAGGAUGCACUAUUGACUUGAAAGAACGCGACAAAAUACU